GUUAACAGAGGGCACGCAUAGUCAUUGACGUGUCGAUUGAGUGUCAGUGUGUAGCUGUAGAGAUUUUUUCACAAACAGCGAUUUUUACCUCAUUUCUCCUCAAAUUCCUGCCCAAAGAAGGAUCUCCAGUGUCCAGAGAUGCGGCAGACAUAUUGCAUUUUGCUGCUUCUGCUGAUGCACUCCAUGUGCUCAUUGGCCGACCGAACGACCAACAGCUACCUCAGUCCCACAGAUGAGCGCCUGCAGAAGGUAUUCCUGGAGGGUGUCAAGUCCAAUGAUUUGCAGACAAUCUACUACUCAGCCCUCAACUACGGUUCCCGAUUGUCAGCAGCUGAGAAAACAGCCCUCUGCACCCGCGCCAAAAGCCUCCAUGGGGAAUCGAAGCUCAAUGAGUUCGAGAAGAACUUUUACCUCAUUGGUAUCUUCGCUGAGCUGAAAUGCAGUCCUCCAGUGGCCUCCACUGUCAUCUCAGCCCUCGAGGCAGCUCUGGCCAAGGAUGCUGCCACAGCUCCUGAGGUCUACUUCAACUUCUUCGCUGCCAAGGCUGCUGGAAUCGUCCUUGAUGACGCUGCAAAAUUGCGCGUGGUGAAAAAUCUUCAGGCCAUCCUCAAGAGGGAUGAUUCCCUGUCGAAUCUUGGGCAUGCUUUCGCAGUGGCUGCAGAAACCGGCGGAAAUGGGCUUCUACUGGUGGAUCGAGUGGAGGAUGCAAUUGCCCAGGCAGAUGAGGUUGAUGGUCGAAUGCUCCAGUUUGAGGGCGGAUUGAGUGUUACAGCUCUGGUUCUGGGUGGUGCUCUGAAGUUGACAGCUUCACAGAAGAAGCCUCAACCUAUCUCGCCUGCCCAGGCCACAAAGUUCGCCACUUACUUCCUCUCGAGGCGUUCCGUGCAGACGGCCAAGGGAGUCCAUGUGCUCCUUGAUGCCCUCACAACACUCAAUCAGCAGAAGACCAUUACUCCAAUCUGUAUGCAAGUGAUUGGGAACGGACAGAUGCAGCCGGAUGAUCUGCAAGUGAGCGUUCGGGUGGUGGAUUUGCUGGGAAAUGCUGUGACUCCGGCCCUUGAUACAGUUGUCGCUUCGGUUAAUGCUAAACAAGGUGGCGCUUCGGUGGUUAAGGAUGUGAAGUUAGCACUGAAGGGAUCGGAUAAAACCGUUUUUGGGCUGGAUCUGAAGGCAGCAAAGCCUUCUAGAGGUCUGUACAUGGCUGAUUUGACGGCAGGAUCUUUUAAGCAGAGUGUUGAGUUGAAAAUUCUGGGGAGAGUUAAAGUGGGAAGUUUGGAGGUAGGAGUUGGGGAUUCCGACAGUAGUUCAGCUGUAAAGAAGCAAUCUGUGGAAUUUCCCAAGACACUAACCACACCACUUAGUGCAGACUCACAGCAGAAGGUAGUGAUGAAGGUGUCUCUGCUAGAUGAGACCACAGGUAAGGCAAUUUCUGUCCAUCAGGCUUUUGUACGGUUCGAAAAUGGAAAAACCGGCGAGGAGAUUGUCUUUGUGGCUGAGCAGGAUACCAGCAAAGCCUACAAAUUCGAUAUGGAUGUUGGAGCAAGAAGUGGAGAUUUCUCACAUAUGUCUGGGAAGUAUCUUAUGGAAUUGAUUGUGGGGGAUGCUUCACUGUCAAAUUCCUUCCGUUGGCAUGUAGCUGACAUCAACCUGAAGUUCUCUCAGGACACCAUGGACAGGGAAAGUGCCCAUGAGUCACUGUACAAGCCCAAAAAAGAGAUUGUACAUCAGUUCCGGGUGCCAGAGAAGCGACCAGCACGCUUCGUUUCUGAUCUCUUCACUGGAAUCUGCUGUGUUCCUCUACUGAUCUUGUUGGUGAUUUGGAUCAGGCUCAAAGUCAACAUUUCCAACUUUCCACUUUCUCUCUCAGCCAUUGGCUUUCAUCUGGGCUUGGGUGCGAUAUUAUUCCUUUUCUUUGUCUUUUGGCUGCAACUGGACAUGUUCACGACGAUUCGGUACCUUCUGCCGCUGGCUCUGUUCACUUUCCUCUGUGGCAAUCGCUUCCUGAGAUCAGUAGCGACCAAGAGGAGUGCGCAUGAAAAGUGAACAGGCAGCCAACAAGGUGCCUCAAUCUCCAAGAUUCCAUCUCAGACACAUUCACAGGCGUCCGGAGAACGGACGGACACCCAAUCGAGUCACACAAAUGCAUUCUCUGCCCCCAUUUGGAUUAACAACACGAGGAGAUGUAUUAAUAAAGAGAAGUGAAACACUGGAA